AUGUCCCAGCAUCUUUCUAGAUCCUCAGACUCCUUUCUUUCCGGCUCAGCUUCUUCUUCUUCUGCCAGCCUUGCCAGCCGUAUGAUUUCUAAUUCUUCCACGACCUCAUCUUCAACGACACCUUCAUAUGUUGUGUCCUCCACUGGCCCCGGUGCCGGUGUCGUCGGUACUUCUGCUCCACCCGGUAACUCUACCGCGGGCCACGCUGUUAUUUUACCGCCCCUCGGCUCUUCUCCCGGCCAUACCGGAUCCCGCGAUAAUUCCAUCACCGCCUCUGCCUCUGGAGCCCCUGGUGCUUCCUUCGCCAGCCCAGGGCCUAACAACAGUUCACCCGGUCUAAGAACUCCUACUAUGUCUCUAUAUGCUCCGCGGCCUAGCAGUGUUUCCAGUAUGGCUUCCAUGGCAUCCAUUGCAUCCAUGGUGGGUCAGCCGAACAUGCUGGUCAACGGUCAAACCGGGGGCCAAACGAAUCAGUCGAUGAUGCAAACCCCUACACCAGCAGGUGCUCUUCCUCCACUUUUCAAACUCGUUCUAGACUCCACAUUACCUAUGAUGAAUUAUCCGACACCACAGACAAAUGGCAUGUCGUCUAUGACUUCUCUUCCGCUGGCCGGCCAGCCUACGCCCUCUGAUUUGAGGGCUUCCAGUACCUCUCCUAUGCCUUCUCGGGCAAACUCCGCUAUUGGCAUGCGUUCUCAAAAUCUUCCAGUAAGUUCUUCCACGGCAGCCCAGUACCAUUACCCCAUGGCAAUGCCAUCCGCUAUGUAUUUCCCGCAGGUUCAACAACUGCCUACUCCUCCGCAGCUGCAUCUUGACCAGAGACGUACUCCUGUGUCGCAGUACCGUGUCAAUCAUAUGGUUAGUACAAAUAGCUACAACGGUAUCCCAGUAGGAUACCAGACCGGUAUGCCUGGUGCAGCUUCUGUUGGUUUACAGGGAUCUCAUCUUUCUGUCGCGGGUAACGCUUCUUCCCCCGUGGCCUCGCCUGUCUCCGAGGGAAAACGUCGCCGUGCGAUCAGCGGGUCCACCGGGUCCAUCGGAACCAUCGGAACCAUCGGAACUAAUGGAUCGAACGGGCCAAAUGGAACUAAUGGGGCCAACGGAACCAGCGGGCCCCGUAAGAAAAGAGAGUGCCCCAUCUGCCACAACUUCUACUCAAAUCUUACCACUCACAAAUCAAUUCAUAACAAGGGCUCCAAGCCCUACGCAUGUACAACUUGUUCCAGGGCUUUCAAGCGGUUGAAUGAUUUGAUUCGUCACGAAAAGUGUCAUCUCUCUAAGCUGGGUGCCUGGGAGUAUCAGUGCCCGUUCCAUCCCGGUGCAAGCAGCGGCAACUCCCACGGUGAGAUAUCUUGUCACCAAACAGGAUAUUUUACCCGGUGCGACACAUACAAAAAUCAUCUAAAAGCCAUCCACUUUAAAUACCCACCAAAUACCUUGAAAAGUGAACGUUCCAAGGUGAGCGGUCAUUGUAAAGAGUGUGGAAUGUACUUCAAUGGGGUGCAGGACUGGUUAAAGAAUCACAUAGAAAAUAAUGUGUGUCCUAAGAUUAUCAACUUCAACAACAAUCACAAGAAGCGUUAA